AUGGCAGGUUGCAGGUGUUACCUGGCAGGCGGAUCAGCUCGAAACUCCGACCACCAUCAUCACCUAUUCAAUCGCCAAGCGCACAAGAGUGAGGAUGCGUUCAAAGCAGUAGAGGAGGGCAAGGAUGUUGAGAGUGAGUAUAAGGAUGUCAUGAGAUUGCAGAGGCUUGAGCAGGAGGAACAGCAAGGGAUAGAAGCAGCGGCGAAGGAGCUCGCAGGAGCAAGGCGCAAACGCCGAUGGGGCGUUGCUGAGCCAGAGGAUAAGGAGGAUAAAGGUGGUGAGUGGUCUAAGGAAGCUCUCGAGGAGACUGCACCUAAGAAGCGUCGUUCUCGCUGGGACGCGAUGCCUGCCGACAUCAGUGCGCUCAUUGAGACUCCCAAAAGGUCACGCUGGGAUCAGACACCCGCUGUCCAAGACAUUCCCAUGCAGCCCAUCAUUAUGAACGCGCCUGGCUUCAUGCAUGAAGACAAACGCAACCGUUAUCUGACUGAUGAACAGCUGGACCCGUUCUCCCUGCCACCGUUCGCCGCUUCCGUCACUGAAGUUGGUGGUUUUCAGAUACAGGAGAGCUCCGACGCUGCUACCCUCGCAGCAGCGGCCGGUCUUGCCUCCGAUUUGCCCAAUGAGAUACCGGGCGUUGGCAGUCUCGCUUUCUUUAAGGUGGAGGACGCGCAGUACUUCGACAAGAUUUUGAAGGAGGACGAGACGGAGUUGUCGGUGGACGAGAUGAAGGCGCGCAAGAUCAUGCGUCUCCUGCUCAAAAUCCAGAACGGCGCGCCGCCCAUCGGCAAGACCGCCCUCCGACAGAUCACGGACAAAGCUCGUGAAUUCGGGGCUGGUCCUCUCUUUGACAAGAUCCUGCCUUUGCUGAUGGAGCGAACGUUGGAGGACCAAGAACGUCACCUACUUGUCAAGGUUAUCGACCGCGUACUCUACAAGCUCGACGAUGGACGCGGGAUCAUCUCCAAUUUGUCCAAAGCAGCUGGUUCCGCGCACAUGACCUCCACCAUGCGUUCGGAUACCGACCAUGUGGACGAGUACGUGCGUAACACGACUGCUUGUGCAUUCUCAGUCGUGGCUUCGGCACUCGGUAUUUUGUCUCUAUUGCCUUUCUUGAAACCUGUGCGCCGGAGCAAGAACUCAUGGCAGAUUGCUAUCAUGAUGGGAGGCCCUGUGCUGUCGCAUCCUCGCAAUUUCAUCGAUUGCGUCGCACAUGGGCUCCAGGACGAGCAACAGAAGGUCAGAACAAUGAACGCCUUGGAAUCGUUUGACAAUGUCCUUAAGCCACUGUGGGUCAGUAUCAGCCUGCAUUGUGGCAAGAGUAUGGCUGUAUUCCUGAAAGCCAUCAGUUUUAUCUUGCUCCUGAUGGACUAUGAACAUUUUGCUUACUACGUCAAGGAGGUGAUCAUCAUCCUCAUCCGUGAGUUCCAAACGUCAGGCGAGGAGACGAAGAAGAUCGUCUUGAAGGUUUUCCAGCAAUGCUACAUCAAGCAGGACGUUCUGCACGAAUUCUUCAAGGUAUUCUGGGUCCAUCGCAUGGCUCUCGACCUCAGGAAUUACAGACGGGUCGUAGAGACGACUGUCGAGUUGGCUGAGAAUGCUGGUAUUGCGGGGAUUUUGGCCGAGCCGUAUCGCAAGAUGGUCAUGGAGACAAUUGCGAAGGUUCGGCUCGUCGAUGGCACCAUCAAUGCCUUCGAAGAGCAGACGACGGAGGAUCAAGUCAUGCUGGAUGGGUUUGGUACGGUCAUCAACGCACUGGGUAUUCGUGUGAAGCCAGAUUUGACACAGAUCGUGUCUACCAUCCUCUGGCGUCUCAACAAGAAGAUCGUCAAGGUGCGUCAGCAAGUAGCGGACUUCACCACACGUCUGGCUGCUGUCAUCAAGCAAUGCGGCGAAGAUCAGCUUCUGAGCAAACCCGGUCUCGUUCUUUUCGAGGAUUUUGGUGAAUAUCCCGAUACCUUGGGUAGUAUCAUUGCCACCGAGGAUGCUUUCGCCAACGUUGUCGAAGUGCAGGAGGCCACGAUCAACCUCAUCGUUCGCAUUGCAUUGAUGCGUAUCUGCUUCGAGUUUCUGGAUCUACUGAAGGCGCACAAGAAGGGCAUUCGUCGUGCGGCAGUCGAUUCUUUUGGUUACAUUGCCAAGAGUUUUGGUCCUCAAGACGUAUUACAAGUAUUGCCUACAAACCUAUGUGUCCAGGAGCGACAGAGUCCUGUCUGCAGUACGAUUGCAAUCGCUAUUAUAGCAGAGACCUGCGUCCACAGUCGGCGUACUAACUCUGUCGUCACGAUGUUCGAGGAUGCUCUCACGGACUACGACCUUGUACACCGACAGACCGCAAGCACGAUUGACAAGCAUCUGGCCAUUGGCGUGGCCGGCCUCGGCUGCGAGGAUUCCAUGCUGCACUUGAUGAACCUCGUACGUGAUGCUGUGAUGGAAGCCAUGCGGGUGACUCUCGGCCCAGGUAUCCUGUUGAGCUAUGUCUUGCAAGGCUUGUUCCAUCCAGCGAGGAACGUUCGCGAGGUGUACUGGCAUAUUUACAAUUCGCUAUACCUGGACGCUGCUGAUGCUUUGGUACCAUUCUAUCCAGACUUGCCUCGGAGAGCUGAGUGA